CGAACGCUGCAGCUGAAUCAAGCGCUUGGCAAACCGUUCACGUAAUCCUUGCGUACAAAAUUACAAACUCCAUUAAAUUUAUCAUUUCUUUAUCAAUGUGCAAAUUGCAAAAGUUUUGUGUCAAUGCCAAAAAUUAGCAAACCAGUUACUAAACUAGACAAACAAUUAGGAUUGGACAAAAGCCUAGCGUGCAGCAAAGGAUCUCGUACGGGCAACUCGGCCAACAAUAAGGAACUGAAGGUGCUGACUCUGCUGCAGACUGUGCCGUGAACUGUGAACCAUAAGAGCUAGCUAGAAAGAGAAACAUUUAGCUACUGCGCAGCUCAGUGUAAUUGGAAACCGCCAUCGAGAAGAUACUAAAAUUGAAUCAAGCCAGAAAAGCAGCUCAAGUGAACCCAACAAAAUGGUCUACACAGAACGCACCGACAAGUGUCUGUCGUCCAGCAAGGAGAGCGCCGGAAAGCAUGACAAAUCCCAUUCGAAGCAUCAGUCCAAUUUCAGUUCCCGUUCGGGCUCCAGUUCCAGUUCGGGCGCCUGGAGCAGUCAGGCGUCGAGCGACGAGAAAUGGAAAUACAAUAACAUGGUCAAGGAUAAUCGCGACCAGUUCAACGGCAUGCACUUCUCUUAACUCCUAGCCAGAAAAGGGUGGGGCUGCGGAGGGGAGGAGGUGUCUUUGGGCUAGUUUAUUAGCCGUAGUGCAACGUGAUUGAGACCAAUUGUUUUGUCUGGGUUCUAUGGGUAAAUUUGUAAGUUAGUCUUAAGCCUGUUAUUAGAAAGUGUUAAAUUCUACAAAAUUUACGAAA